CCCUAUUAAUAUGCGUAUUGGGUGAAAAAGAAACUGUUGAUCUGAUUGUCAUUUUAUGAUUUUUGGGGAUGGAUUUCUUAUUUAAAUUUCAAGCAGACUAACGGAAUUUAUACAUUGUUACACAAAGCUUUUAUAAACAUGAAAGAUGGAGAACCCGCCCGACUUUUACCGGAUCAUGUCCCUCCGCCUGUCCAGGGCGUUAAGCGACAUUGGCGUCAACAGGUGGAUGGUGAGGAGAAGAAGGGGAACUUUCCUCAUGAUAGAGGCGAGCGAGACGAUCGAUGAUAAACUACAAGGACAUGAUGGUACUAGAUUCAUUUUCGGGAGUCAGUCAGAGGGAACAACUACACCGGGACUAAACUCCGAUAUUGACACAUUAUUCUGCUUAAACGACUUCAACAUCAUGUCAUCCUGGUCUGAAUGGGAAGCCGGUAGGCGAAACAUGCUGAUGGUGAAGGAGGAAACGUGCUCUCCACAACAUUAUCUUCUACAGAGGAUUAGACAUGACUCACCUGAACCAGUCAUACAUUCAAGACAUGUAUUCCAUGUAGUUGACAUUAAAGGCCGUUUAUUAUAUGCCAACACAGAAUUCGGAAAUCUCGCCAAAAAACAAGCAAUAGAAAAUAACUGGCACUACUACUCGAGUGGCCCAUCUCAUAGCAGUUCUAAAAUGUAUGACCUUGUGUACGCGUUGUUGUGUAGGUCUCUUCCGCUAGAAUGCCACGGGUGGUUUGAACGGCCGAGGCCCGGACACUGGCCGACACCGGAACUGUUAAGAGAUGUAAAGGAGUGUGGGUGUUUUCUGGUUCCAGAUGGAUACUUUGACAGCCGUGUCAAAUAUGUUGAAUGGAGAAUUUCUCCUAGUCUUAUUGAGAGAACACUGAUGUUCAGCAUGAAAACAUUACAGCUUAAAUGUUAUGUGGUUCUGAAGAUUCUAAAAUCACACGUCAUUAACCCAUUUUUAUAUAAUGAAGGUAAGCUGACAAGUUUUCACUGCAAAACUGCCCUGCUUUUCGCCGCGGAAAGAUUGCCAUCCGGAAUGUGGACAGAACAUCGCCUGAUGGAAUGUAUUGUGUAUUGUUUGAAACUGUUGCUAGGGUGGACGAAUACCGGUAUGUGUCCGCACUAUAUUGUAGCAGGCGUGAAUCUUUUCCAUGGAAAAUUUACCAAUCGGCAACUAGCAAAACUUUCUAAGAUCCUUUCAAACAUCAUUGACACUCACUUAGCAAUUCUCGCGUGUAUACAGGCAGACGAUUUGGGCUACCGGAUGUUGAGCACAAAUAUCAGAACUGUUCGCUACAGUAAAGGGUUACACAUAUCGAUAAACAAUAGUUUAUGUAGGUGGCUAAGUUUAUAUGCUUUCCACAAUCAUCAAUGUGAUCUUACGUAUACUUUGAGAAAGACAACUGAUUUGACAUCUGAACAAAUAUGUAGAUUCCUUGUCAUGUACUUUGAUACAAUGCAUGAACAUGCACAGGAGUUACCGAUGUAUUUAAGUAAUAUAUUUUUCAUCAAUAUUUCGAAACAAAUUCUAAGUAUUAUGGCAUCAGCUGGUGCAUCAUUUUGUAUACAAAAUGGUUGUGUUGUUCCUAGAAAUAUACUGUCCCUUUUUGAAAGUUCCCUAGAUACGGAUGUAGCGUCAUCAAGACUAAAGUUGGCUUCUUUUCUCGUCUGUUAUAAUGAGCUUGAAAGAGCAGCGGACGUUCUGAAUGAUGUUGAACGUAGAUAUGACGACAGCGUGCAAGCUGUAUGUGCAUGUGGAAGAAUGGAUCCGUUAGAUACAGAACAUAACAAACCACUGUGCACUUCCGGUGUUGUUGAUAUCGAUGAUGUUCUCUUAACGAACAAAACCGCGUUAUGUGUUCGCUACUUGAGAAAGGAGGUGUUCUGUGCACCACCGAUAUUACACUACGAGAUGGUGAGAGGAAAAGGCGAGGAUAUCAAUCAUAGAAACAUUAGGGAAUGUGUUUGGAUGAACUGGGCCGUGGUUGACGCUCUGCCUUACCUCUACUACCUGCAAUACCUGACGUUCCGUGGUCUCGGCCAGCAAGGAAGACAACUACAAGUAUUCAACAACUUACUGAACUGCUUCCUUGACGACAACCUUCGUUCCCAUAUCUACCACCCGGAGACGUGUGCCAACCUGAUAGGGCACUGCCUGGAGAUGGGGGGCAAACCGGAGUUGGCGUUACAACUGUACAGGAUAUCCGUCGGCCGUUUGCCUAGGAACAACGCGGCGCAUUGGCAUAUUUACAGACUGAUUCAUGGCAUCGAGAUUUAGAUAGGACAAUUUACAGUGACUAUAUAUAUUACAUAGAUAUAUAAUAACAAAUGAUAUUCACGCAUUCUUUCAUCCUAUAGCGAUUGUUACAAUACCAACUGCAUAAUUAUCAUAUUACAUUAUGUAUAUUUAUACUUCGCAUUAUAAUCAUCAUCAAUAUUAUUAUUAUUAAUAUUAUUAUUAAUGUAGUUGUUGUUGUUGUUGCUUGCUGUAGCUUAAAAUGACGGAUAUAUUUUAAUCAACACUCAAACGUUAACGUUUCAUGUUCUAUAUAUGGCUAUGAAUGUGGUAACAUUUUAUGACUCAUCAACAAUAUGAUACGAGAAUAAAAUCAGUCUGGCAUUAAACUCUCCAAAUGUCUUAAAAUUGAAUUAAC